AUGCCACAAGAAGAUUAUGAUCCUAUGGAUGUCGAUAUAUGGCAAAUAUGUAAUAAUAACCGCACGUUAUUAUUACACAACGCGCAACAAACGUAUGAAGUACGUUUGCCUAAUUUUGAUAUACCUAACAUUGAUUUAAUAAAAUUUGACAGCAAAUCAAAUGAAGAAAAACAAAUGUUAAUUGAGGAAAAUAAACGAAUUUCAACGGAAAAUGAACAAAUUAAAAGUUAUCUUGGUGAUCAGUGUAGACAAAUUGACGUCUUGAAUAAUCAAAUCAAUAAGUUAAAACAAGAUAUUCAAGAUAGGGACGAAGUUAUUUGCGAACUAAAACCUUAUAAAGAUAUUUGUUCAACUUCUGAAAGAAAAAUUGAAUCUUAUGAACGUGAUUAUAUGAGAAAUAAAGAUGAAAUACAAACUUUACAAAAUAAUCUCAACAGUAAAGAUCAUGAAAUUAAUGAGUUAAAAGUAGAAAUAUUGUCAUUAGAUGAGGUAAUUAAUGAAUUAACAGAAAAUAACAAAACCUUAAAGGAUGAUAUUAAGGAUCUUAAAGAAAAGAACAAAACUUUAAAUGAUGAAAAUGGCGAAUGGCAAAAUGUUAUUGGCAAAGCAACAACCUUUUCUUUAAGUGAUGAUGAUGAAAAUCACACCGUUCAGCUUGUAAAAGAUAUUACAACAUUACAAAGUAUGAUUGAAAAUUAUGUUGGAACUUUGAGAAAGGUUGACGUAGACUUUGGCGAAGUAAAUAGACUAUUACGCUGCCAUGGGUGUAAAGUAGAAGUAAAAUCUACCCAAGAAAAUGACUUACCACUCGUAAAAGCUGUUUUACAGUGUUAUGUUUUGGAUGAGCUAAUUGAUAAUGCGAAUUCUCUUUUUAAAAAAAAUGAUUGUUUGGAAACUAAAAUUUAUAAUCAAACUAAGAGUAUCCUUGAUUUAUUAAAUCAAUGUUUAAGAUCACGUGAUGAAACCAACGAGAUAACAAAUGCUUUUCCUAUUAAACUACGUCAACAAAUAUUUGGAUUUCUUGGUAAUCUUGGAUUUGCAGAUACAAAUGAUCGAAUACAUGACGUUACAGAUCGAUUAAACGAUUCAAUUAACAAAAUUCGAAUGUUCAAAAGUCCACAAAAGAAAACAUUACACAAUGAUAUGGCAACUAAUUUAGUACGAGAAUUUAUUAGAAUAUGUUAUUUCCGCUUAAGGGUUCAAGAACCAAUUCCCUCUACGAAUGUAGACGCUAAUAAUUUAAAGAACAACGACCCGUAUAACAAAACUCAAAAAGCUGUUAAUGAUCCAAAUGAUGAAGUUGACAAUCAAAAUGGUAAAAAUGUUAGUCAAAAUGAUGAUGAAUUUUUAAAAACCAAUCAAAUUGAAGAAGUUAAAAGUGGUGAUGUUUUAGAUAAUAAUCAAAUUGAUAAAAGUGGAAAUGGUGAAGGGGAUAGAUAUAGUAAUAAAAAUGGUAGAGGUAAAGACAAAGAUGGAGGUAACAACAAAAAUGGUAUAAAUGGAGAUAACAAUCAAAACGGUAAAAAUGGAAAUAACAAUAAUCGAAAUAGUAAAGGUGGAAGUAACAAUAGAAAUGGUAAUGAUGGUAAUUAUAAAGCCAAUAAUCAAAAUGAUGGUAACAACAAUCGAUAUGGUAAAGGCGGGGAUAACAAUCAAAAUGGUGAAGGUGGAGAUAACAAUCAAAGUGAUAUAGUUGGAAAUAACAAUCGAAAUGAUAAAUAUGGAAGUAACAAUCAAAUUUAUAAAGGUGAAGAUAACAAUCAAAAUGGUAAGGGUGGAUAUAACAAUCGAAAUAAUAAAGUUGGAAGUGACAAAGAUGGUGGCAACAAUCGAUAUAGUAAAGGUGAGGAUAACAAUCAAAAUGGUAAGGGUGGAGAUAACAUUCGAAAUGGUAAGGGUGGAGAUAACAAUCGAAAUAAUAAAGUUGGAAGUGACAAUCCAAAUGAUAGAGAUGGUGGCAAUAAUCAAUAUGAUAAAGGUGGAGAUAACAAUCAAAAUGGUGAAGGUGGAGAUAACAAUCAAAGUGAUAUAGUUGGAAAUAACAAUCGAAAUGAUAAAUAUGGAAGUAACAAUCCAAAUGAUAGUGAUGGUAGCAACAAUCGAUAUGGUAGAGAUAACAAUCAAAUUUGUAAAGAUGGAAAUAACUCUAGAAAUGAUAAAGGUGGAAGUAACAAUCGAAAUGUUAAAGAUGGAGAUAACAACCAAAACGGUAAAGGUGGGGAGAACAAUCAGAAUGGUAAAGGUGGAGAUAACAAUCAAAGUGGUAUAAUUGGAAAUAACGAUCCAAAUUAUAGGGAUGGUGACAACAAUCCAUAUGGUAGAAAUAGCAAAUGGCAUAAAUGA